UUGUUUGUUUGAAGCCGCAGAAGAAGAAGAAAUGGCGAAGUCAAUGAGAUGCAAAAGAGAAAAGAGAUUGAGGUCAAUCAAAAGAGAGUUGGUUCAACCUAUUUAUGAGAAAAAAGAUGAAGCUAAAUAUGCUGCCAUUGAAGCUGCUCUUAAUGCCCCUAAACUCCCUGUUCGCACUCCCCCCACCACUUCCAUGGAUUCUGAUGCCCCCGCCGCCAUCACCACCACCGGUGAUAUGGAUGUGGAGAUGGAUGAACAAACCAAAAAAUCGUUGAAACCCAUGGGUAGAAGGAUGAAAAAGAAGCUCAAACUCAGCAAAAAGAAAUACCGUGGCAAGGGAAAGAUUAGGAAGAAGAACAUUUAAUUCUGAUCAUGCUCAUGAUGGCUGAUACUUCAUCUUUUGCCAUGGCGAAUCAAGAAUCGACGGUGCGCCGGUCUCUUUUUGUUAACUAAGUUCACAGUUUGUUUUCUAAUAGGCUAGCCUGUACUUUACUUUGAGCCUUAAGUGCUGAAUUUAAUGGAACCAUGAUAUGGAUGUAACAUUCACCUUAGUUGAGUUUAUGUGCUAAGAAUAUAUAUCUUUGUGAACCA